UUGUUGUUUGUGUUGUACACCACAUUUACAGACCGUAUAUGUGCCUUGCUAUUCUUGUCCUGUUUAGUUAAAUACAGAUUUCAUAAGGCACAACGGACAUUUUAUGCUUUCUUCUACUUCUACCACUAACUCUGUAUUUCAGCAACCCAAUAGGUAAAUCGAUAUUGUUUUAAUGAUUCUGAGAAAUUUGGUUCAAAGUAUUUACUGUAUAUGUUGAUGAUAUUGCAGUAUUUUUUGGGAAAGCACAUCAGACCUAACUUGUAUUUGCACCAAUGACGCAGACAGUGUCAUUACAGUUGUACAUUGUAAUAUCAAAAAAGAUACUGUAUUGUGUAGAUUACGGUAUCUAUGGCGAAAGAAGAAAGAACAAUGAGAUCCAUUAUCAGACUAAUUAUUCAAAAUCAGACUGUGUUCCUUGGGCUACCGGACCUUACACCAGUGGACAGUGGAGUCUACAGCUGUGAAUCCUACGGAAAAAAAGAUAUUUGGGGACUACUUGUUGAAGGAAACAAGAUGAUCUCUACCAAACUACCUCCACCAAAAAGUGAUUAAAUAGAAUAAUUGAUAAUGAUAAUAAGUAUUUUUAUUUGUUUCAUUUCAUAAUAUUUUAGUAAUGUUCUUUAAAUGUUGUAUUGUUGUUUUUUUAGGACUAAUUAUGGUACACAACAAAAAAUUUAAUUGACUGAGUUCCUGUUUAUUAUAACUAGGUUUCUUUAAUCUAUCUAAUCAAAGGAGAUGAAGCAGCUGGCAUGUAAUGUUCCAUGGCAUUGCUUUAAAUCUAUCCAUCUCCAUGAAAACAAGCAGCACCAGGUCAAGGCAGAGUUUUUAUGCUGGCUUUUAAAGUAGUUUAACCAAUAAAAACAGCUGUAACUGAAUUUUAAGUUAAAUGGGUUCAAAAUAAAUGUACCUGUGUAUUAGUAGAAAGACUAGUGUCUGUUUUAAACAAAGCUGUCAUAAAUAACCACAGUGGUGCUUUCUCGGAUCAUAACUUCCUUUUAGAGAAGCAGAGAAACUGUUCUGUGUUGUGUGUGAUCAGAUCUAUUCAGUAAUUAACAUCACAUCUGUUGAACUGCGAAUUAAGAACUUUUAAAUUAUUGACAUCUUUGAUCGAGGAUUAUGGACAUGUGCAGAGCGGCAUUAUGUUUUUUACUACUACGUCCACUAACUCUGAGUUUCAGCAACCAAAAAGUGUUUUUGGAAAAGCGCAUUGGGGCAGAUGUAGACACGACUACACUCUGCACCAAUGAUACAGACAAUUUCAUUAUAAAUGUACUUUGCCAAAUUCAAAAAGAAGAAAAUGGAGAUGUGUGUAAAUUACAGUAUGUAGCUGGAUGGAAGAAUGAAACUGAAUGCGACUCCAGGAUUUCACUAAUGGUACAAAAUAACACUGUGUUCCUUCGUCUGAUGGACUUAACACCAGUAGACAGUGGAACGUACAGCUGUUCAUGUAUAAAAGAGGAGAACAUUUUAAAACUUCACCUAAAUGUCACUGUUCAAGAUUCUGGAUUGAUUACAGUGAAUGAACAAAACAACUUAUAUGACAACUACAAAUUCUUGGUCAUAUCUACGUUUGGCUCAUCUUUAAUAGCCUUUAUGAUCAUAUUUUUGGUGACUUUAUGUUGUAUUUACAAAGGGAACUGCUGCAAGGAACAAACUGAACCUCCAGUGAUGGAAGGAAAAGAAAUAGGCCAACAUCAAAUGGACACAUAUGCAGAGCUUCAGGAGCCCACAAAUGACCUGUACCAGACAGUUAGUUCCGAGGAUUUAGCGGAAGUUUCAGACUCGCAACAAAGCGAUAAUGAAACAGUCUAUGAAAACUUGUGAUAUGUGAUUAACUACUGUAUAAAAAUAAUACAAAUAUAAUAGAGUAGUAGUAGCAGUAGUAGUAGUAGAAGUAGUUUUUACAGGAGGUGGGUGUUCGAGGCAGGUGUUGGUGUAGUAGUGUUAGUAGCUGUAGUAAUGUAGUACUUGAAAUUGUAGUAGUAACAGUAGUAGUAGUAUUUGUAAUAUUUUUAAUGCAUGUGGCUUUUAAAGUUUUCAACAAAUCAGUAAGGACUGGCAUAGAUUUUUUAAUAGUAGUUACUGGUUCAUGAUUUGUGAAAAAAGUAUUAAUUUUGAUAAACAGUAAAGUUCAUAUCAAAGUUCAUGAACAUAUGUUUGUAUUUUAAUAUAAAUAGGACAAAGUAUAUAAUAUAAUAAUAUAGAUAAUAUAGAUGGGAUAAAGUACACUGUGAAAAACUGAUCAAUAACUGUUUCACUGGCUCA